AUGCAAGCUACCGGGGACGAGACAGGGGCGCAAACGCACGCGUGGGCAAGGUGGGGCCGCGCUUGGGCAGCUGAGGAGGUGCGGCAUGGGCAGCUUCUCAGCAGCUGGCUCUACCUGUCUGGCCGCGUCGACUCGCGGGCGCUGCAGGUCACCGCACAGCGGCUGAUCGCUGCGGGGGUGGACGGCGGCGGCCUCGGCGCUGACCCCUACCGGUUGUUCGCCCUCUGGGCGCUGCAGGAGCACGCGUCCCGGGUGUCUCACGGCAACGCCGCGCGGCUCGCCGGCUACCACGGCGCCGCGCCGCUCGCGCAGCUGCUGAGCGCCGUCGCGUCCGACGAGGCGCGCCACGAGGCGGCCGCCGCGGCGGUCGUUGGGAAGCUGCUGCAAGCCGACCCUGAGGCCGCGCUGCUGGCGCUGGCUGAUGUCGUGACAAGGGGGGUGGUCAUGCCGGGGGCGCGCAUGGACGACGGAUGGCACGGCCGCGCCAACGCACGCAGCGCCAGCAGCAGCAGCGGCGGCGGCGGCGGCGGCGGCGGCGGCGGCGACGGCGGCGGUGACAGCAGCGACGGCGGCGGCGGGGACGCUCAAGGCUCAGAAGGGGGUGGCAGCGGGGCGGAUCCAGACGCGGCGGUGGUCGGCCGGGGGAACGGCAAUGCUGGGGGCAACGGUGGCAGCCAGCUGUACCGCGAUUACGCGGCCGCCGCCGACGCGCUGGGGGUGUUCACUGUGGCCGACCACGCGGCCGGCCUUGAGCAGCUGCUGGGCGCGUGGGAAGUUCCGCAGCUACGCGUGUCGGGGGAGGCGGCAGCUGCCCAGCAGCUGCUGAUGGGGCUGCCGCAGUCCAUAAAGCGCCUUGGGGAGCUGCAGCUGGAGCGCAGGCUGAGGGACCGGCGGCGCGGGCAGGGGCGGAGCGCUAGUUUUUCGUGGGGAGCUUCGGCGGGGCCGUACAGUCAGAAUGGAGCCUCCUCCUCCGCCGCGCACCCCGCGCGCGCCCUGGUGCAGCAGCAGUCGGAAUUCACUAAGCGCGCGUCCCAGAUCGGCCUGUCGAUUCACAAGACGUCCCUGAAGCUGCAGAAGCUCGCGCAGCUCGCGAAACGCACGUCGAUGUUUGACGACCCGAGCGCCGAGAUAGAGGAGAUGACUGGGGUCAUAAAGCACGACAUUCAGCUGCUGAACGAGGGCAUCGCGGAGCUGCAGCGGUUGUCGGCGCGCGGCGGGGAGGCGGCGAACCGGCAGACUGCCGCUGCUGCCGCCGCUGCCGCCGCCAGCGCCGCCGUUGCUGCUGCUGCUGCUGCGGCGCGGCCGCUGCUGCUGCUGCCGCCGCCGGGGCUGGUGGAUGCAGCUUCUGUUGAAGUAGAAAGUGCGCAGUGGGGCGGUCUUGAGGUGCUCACCCUGCGGACUGAUAACCUGAAGUCCCACAACGAGCGGCGGCAGCUCUUCUCCAGCCAGCCGGACAGCAGCAGCAGCUUCUUGGAACGGACGCCGCUGCUGGCGGGCGGCGACAGCAGCAGCGGCGGCGGCGCAGGGGGGUCGGGCCGGACGGCCGCGAGCUUGUUCGGCGGCCAGGGCGGCGGCCAGAUGCAGCAGCAGAUGGUGUUGCAGCAGCAGGACGGCUACCUCAGCAGCCGGGCGGAGGCGCUGCACAGCGUGGAGGCGACCAUCGUCGAGCUGGGCAGCAUAUUCACGCAGCUCGCUGACAUGUGGGUGGUCCAUACCUGCAUGGGAGUCUGCUGA